GGUUAUUCGGGUUAGCGGGAUCUUAUUAUCACAGCGAUACGAAUAUCCUCGGAUGUAUAGGUUACAAUAGUAACAAGUAUGCAUGGUUAUAAUAAUCUGACUGUAGCAGCAGUAUAGUAAAAUUGUCACGUUCGCGUUCCAUCGUUUAUUGAUUUUUCUUCAUAUUAUGAGUGUAUUGAAUAUAAGUAGGCACGUCUAAAUGCGUAGUUGACCUUUGGUCGGAUUAUUCUACCCCAGAGAGAAGAGAAUCGCUAUAGGGUAUUAUUACCUAUAUAGCAUAGUACACCUGUGGAGUUUUCAGUAGGAGGUGCUUUACCUCGUGCCACCCCUCAUUAGGUAGUCAGAUUGAGGAUGGGCUGGACUCGAGCUUGUAGGCUGUUCAUAUAUUACUCAAGAGAAUUGAUCAGUUGCAGGAGUGGCCGAAUGGACUGGGUGUACGUAUCUCUGUAGACCAAUCAGAACGCAGAAGUAAACUUGCUUCAAGGGUAGAAAAAGAUUUCACCAUCAGUUUCUAUCGAGCCUUCAAGCUGACCGAGAGUCUUUCGAAGAGAAUAAGUUCUGAUGUGCAAAUCGAAAUGCUUUAUGUUUAAAGUGUCAUUGGGGAAUCGAUACGUUAAUGUGACAAAUAUCAGUUAUGUUUAAUUGGUGCAAUUCAUUGGAAAACAUAUCUUGCUCUUUACUGUGGUAUUGGCAAAGGCCACUGAGUACACUGAUUAGAUGAAAUGAUAUUGGGAAAUCUUACGUAAAUCAAAAAUGGACAUAUCAGGUGCCACGAUAGUUUUGAAGUGGAACGAAUGGCUGCUUGACUUUUUGGGACUGUGGCCUUUAAAUUUGAAUAAUGCCAAAUUCUCUUUCUUUUUUAUUUACAUAAUAAUACAAUGCUUCUUGCAGUAUGCCGCCUUAGUAGACAAUAUUUUUGACUUGAGCUACGUUGUCGCGAAUUUAACAGAAACCGUCGUCUUCUGCAUGAUAGUUUUAAAACUUGUUAUAUACAGAAUCAAUAUGAAAAGAUUGCAUGAAUUAAUACGAAUUAUUAAAGAAGAUUAUUCACAUGAGCUUUAUAAAACAGCAAAGGAACGAAUGAUUUUUAUGAAAUAUAAUUCAUUGUCAAGAAUGAUUGUUCAGUGCUUUUCGAUACUGUGUGUGUGUGCUGCGGUGCUCUUCUAUAUUCAGCCAUUGAUUUGUUAUUUAUUAGCAUACAGAGACUCCACAGGAAAUUCAUCGAGUGCCUUCGUAUUGCCAUAUCAUAUUCGAUUAUUUUUUAAUCUAACUGAAGCGAGAACGUAUUAUAUUAUAUAUGCUUGUGAGAUAUUGAUUAUUCCGAUGUCUGCAUGUGGAUACGUUGGGCCUAGCUGUCUACUGAUAACAUUGGUGCUACAUAUUUGUGGACAAUUAUCCAUUUUGGCUACUCAAGUGGAAUGUAUGACGUACGAUCCAAAAACUAUACAGCAGCAGCUCAAACAAAUCGUCAUAAAGCAUAGUCACUUAAUAAGUCUCUGUGCUACUUUGAAUUCCACGUAUUCUAUAUUUUUAUUACAAGAAGUCAUUGGUAUUACUGUUCUUCUGUGUCUAGGCAGUUACAAUAUUACUGUGAAUCAUGUCUUAGAGGAAACUGGCGAAUUUUUGACAUUUUCUUGUUAUGUUUUUACUGUGUUUGUUCAACUUCUUGGUUUCUGUUAUAUGGGAGAAUGCCUUGUAAAUGAGAGCAUAAACUUGUGCGAUGCAUUUUACAAUUAUGAAUGGUAUAAUGCAUCGGCAGUGCAUAGAAAAUUGCUUCUUAUGUGUCUUAUACGAUCUCAGAGGCCUCUCGUAUUAACAGCUGGAAAAUUCUUCACGUUCUCCUUGGAAAAUUUCACAAGCGUAACUCGAAAUUUAUUAAUUAAUUUUUCUCCGGUAUUAUUUUUUAAUCAAUUAGCUCUUCAAACUUUCUUAUUCGCAGGUUAUGAAAACAUCAAUGGUUUAUUUGUCGGUACUUCAAAAAUUCAUAUAAAACAGUCAUGACAGAUAAUUGCUUAUAGCAAUAAUUCUGAGUUUUCAUUGUAGUGGGAACCUCCAAAAGUUUUUAGAAAAUUUUAUUAUUCAUAGUAUAUCCAUGACUAAGGAUGCGUUUACGAGGGACUAAGUUUCUAUGAAAUUUAAUAUAAGACAGAUCUCUACGUCUCGUGUCUUAUUCGUACAUUGACUAUGUACAAUUCAUACACUCUGCACAGUUAAUAAUCUCACGUAAUAUUUAUUGUUUCACGGCAAAAUAUGCAAUAAAACUUAUAAUUAUUUUGUGAACUGCUCGGUGCAUUGUCUCAUUAUGCCCAACCAAUCAAUCAUAUGUUAAUAACCCUUCAACGAUGCCUAAUAGAUACAGAGUACCUAUUAUUUAUUUCAAAAUAUACUUAUAAUAUUUAUUUAUCGUAUUUUCAAGCACCAACGCAUGCACGAUUUGAUUUCAAAAUGGCACAUGCAACAAAUUUAAAAGCUUAGUAGGGUUUGCUCGUAUCUAAAAUUGCAGGCGAACCAUUUGAUCAUUCAUGAGCAUCCAUAGUCGGUUUAUGAGUCCAAUGUCCUUUUUUGAUAGUUCGAAAGAAUGCAGUCCUUAGCAAAUUACACGUGGGUUUCCAUAAAAUCAAGUAAAUGCAUGGUAAUGUAGAAAAAUGAAAUAUAUUUCAAUGCAAAAUCAUGCACAUGCAUACUUUGUAUAAAACAAUUUAUUAAAAACGAUGUGUGAUUUGCUAAAUAAUUCGUUUUCGAUCUUUUAAAAAGAAAACACCUAAUAUGCACGAAGCAUAUGGUGUUUUGUAACGGGUCAUUUCUGAGCGUCACGUUCUAAAAUCUAAGUAUUUUUCCCAGUCAAUAAAUUUUAUACUUCGUUACACUCUAUAGCCCGUAUUCGUAACUCACUUUUAAUGCUAAUAGCGCGUUUUUAAAUUUUGUCUCAGUGACUCUUAACUACUAGCGGCUCUGUUAGUGACUUUAAGAGGGAGUUGUGAAUACCGACUUAAGUAUAUUCUUUAAUUCUUCAAUCGUAAUAAUUUGAUUUUGUGUUCCAUGAUAAAGUGUCCCCCACUUUGUUAAAAGACUUGUUCUAUACUACUACAAUAUCAUACAGUUGUCAUAUGCGUUUCCGAUCGUUCAUUGAUUUCUUUUAUCAUCACGGAUGUAGGGCACAGAUGUAUUCCAAUGAUAUCGUUGAACUUUGACCGGAUGGUUUUCCUCCUGGGGGUCACUUCGGUUCAACGAAUCGUAAAAUCGAGGUUCGCAAUAAGGGUAUCAUUAGCUAUGCGGCAUGGUACACCUGUAGAAUUUUUAACAGGGGAUACUUAGCUUCGAGCGACCCUUCGUUAGCUAGUCAUAUUGGGGGCGGGCUAGCCGUGAGCUUGCAUGCUGCUCAUAUACUACUUAAGAAAAUCGAUUACUCGUAGGGGUGGCCGACCUGCCUAGGCGUAUCUGGCGAACCAAUCAGCGCGAAGACGUAGUUUACUUGGGGGGGUAGAAAAAGAAUCCCCUAUCAGUUUCCAUUGACCCUUCAAACCAGUAUAGUCUUUGCAUGGAGAUAAGUUCAGAUUUGUAAAUUCAAAUGCUUGACUUGUAGAGACUGACUGGAGAGUUGGCAUGUGAAUGUGACAAAUAUCGGUUCAAUUCGACUGGUUGUAUUUCUCGUGAAAAAUAUUCCACCAGUCUUAUUAUGUAAUUCGUAAAAGCCAUUUCGAAGCACGAGACUUUAACAUUUAUAAGGCUAAUUUUAUAAAGUGAUUUUGACAAAUUUUGCUUCUAUUCAAAAUGAUAAUACCCGGGGCCACAAAAGUUUUGCAGUGGAAUCAUUGGUUGCUCGGUUUCAUAGGACUUUGGCCCUUUGAUUUAAAUAACAGCAAAUUCAUAUUUUUCUUUGCUUACGCAAUGGUUCACACUUUCUUACAGUAUGGUGAUUUGAUAGAACACAUUUCUGACUUGAACCAUGUUGUCGCGAAUUUAACAGAAACCAUCAUCAUUAAUAUGCUUAUUUUCAAAAUGUCUAUAUACAGAAUUAAUACAAGACAACUGCGUGAAUUAAUCCAGAAUAUUGAGAAAGAUUUUUCGACAGAACUUUAUAAUACAGCAGACGAAAUGACCAUUUUUUUGAAAUAUAACUCAUUGUCAAGAACUAUUGUUCAGUGCUUUUCAAUAAUGUGUUUGAUUAGUCCGAUCCUCUUCUACAUUCAUCCACUGCUAAGUCAUUUAUUAGCAUACAACGAUUCCAUGGGAAAUUCAUCAAUUGCCUUCGUAUUCCCAAUUCAUUUUCGAUUAUUCUUCAACCUGACUGAGGAGAGAACAUAUUACAUUAUAUAUGCUUGUGAAAUAUUGCUUGUUCCUACGUGUACAUGCGGAUAUAAUGGUCCUAUUUGUCUAAUGAUAACACUGGUGCUACAUACUUGUGGACAGAUUUCUAUUUUGGCAAGUCAAGUGAAAAGUAUGAUACACGAUCCAAAAGCUGUACACCAACAGCUUAAACAAAUCGUCAUAAAGCAUCGUCGUGUGAUAAGUCUCGUUGCAAAUUUGCAGUCCGCGUAUUCUGCAAUCCUACUGCCAGAAGUUUCUGGUAUGACUUUUGUAAUUUGCUUAGGCAGUUACAACGUUAUCACGACUUCUGCCGUGACAGACAGCUCAAAAUUCUUGAAAUUCUUAUUUUAUAUUCUUACCCUAACUUUUCAACUUUUUAGCCUGUGCUACAUAGGAGAAUGUCUUAUAACUGAGAGCACAAACUUAUACAACGCGUUUUGCAAUUACGAAUGGUACAACGUAUCACCAGAUCAUGCAAAACUUCUCGUAAUGUGCCUGUUACGAUCGCAAAGGCCUCUCACACUAACUACUGGAAAAUUCUUUACGUUUUCUUUAGAAAGUUUUAGAAUU